GGGCAGGGAGGUCACCUCCCUGAAAAUCAGGCUAUUGCUCCCCCGCCGCCCCCAUCACCAAGCGAGGCUGUCUGUGGCGACCAUGAACUGUCCGGAGAAAGAAGGCACCGGGGGAAGGAAGAGGAAUUUGACCCUGCUAAGGUACAAGCUGUACAUGGGCCAGAGGAGGAGGACAGAGCCCGUGGUAGAGAGCACCACCGCCGCCGGGGAUCACGGCAACUUGAGGAGAAGUCAGUCCGACAGGACAGAGUACAGCCAGAAAUUGCAAGAAAAAAUGGCUCCACAGGUGGUGUCCUCAACCUGUGCCACCCCGCUGCAGGAGGAUGAAGAAGAGGAAGCAGAAGUCAGCAGACGCAUGAUGGCCAGGAGGGCGAAGAUCAUUGUAGAGCUCAUGCAGACAGAGAAAGACUACAUCAGCGACCUGGAUCUCUGCAUCAAGGAAGUGAUUCAGCCCCUGAGAAACAAGCAGAUUGCUCGCUUUGACGUUGAUGGCUUGUUUAGCAACAUUGAAUUGGUCCAUCAACUAUCAGCCAAACUGCUGUCAUUGUUGGAAGAAGCCACAACAGAUGUGGACCCACCCAUGCAAAUAAUCGGGGAAGUGUUCUUGCAGAUUAAAGGCCCAUUAGAAGACACAUAUAAAAUCUAUUGCUAUCACCAUGAUGAUGCACACACAAUGCUGGAAUACUAUGAAAAGGAUGAAGAACUGAAGCAGCAUUUAGGAGACUGUGUACAGUCCUUAAAAAAGAGAUACGAAGAAGAAGGAAAGCCAAAUCUAAUGGACCUGGGAUCUCUGUUGAUCAAACCAGUGCAACGGCUGAUGAAAUAUCCCUUGUUACUCCAUAAGCUCUUGAACUCAACUCCUGCUUCUCACCCUGACUACGAGGCCCUACAAGAUGCCCUUUUUGCUAUGAAAAACAUUAAUGUGAACAUCAAUGAACUUAAAAGGAGGAAAGAUUUAGUGAUGAAGUAUAGGAAGAAUGAUGAUGAUGAAACCCUUAAAGAAAAGUUUUCCCGACUGAAUAUUCACUCAAUUAGCAAGAAAUCCAAGAGGGUCACCAGCCACCUGAAAAUACUGACAAGGGGAGAGCCUCAGGUGAAAGAUCAAACUUUUGAUAAUGAAGAAAAGUUGUUUCAAAGUCUAGAGAAGACUGUGAAAUUGUGUGUGAAGAACAUUUCGCUCUGCUCACAACAUCUCCAGGAUUCUAUACAUCUGGGUGCCCAGAAUAUAAUUUGCCUUCAGGAAAUCCUGCAAGAUAAAGAUGAUGAAGUCAAUGACUGUUCGGAAAAACAGACCAACACUGCCAAUCUAUGUGAAGACUUUAUGGCUCAGCUGGACAAGCUUGUCUUGACUCCUCUCUCAGCACUGCAAGCCCUGUUUCCAGGCCCUCAGAAGCUCAUCCAGAAGCGCUAUGACAAGCUGUUGGACUACAACAGCUGCCUUCAGAGGUCAGCUGGAGAACUGGACCUCGCAAAGAAAGACUAUGAGGCUCUAAAUGCACAGCUAGUGGAAGAACUUCAGGUAUUCAACAGAGAAGCCAAAGAGAUUGUAUUGAACUGUCUACAUUGCUUCAUCACCCUCCUCAAGAAUAUUACAUUUGCAGCACUUCAGUCAAACUCUGCUGUCAUGGUGCCUGUUCCUCUGUCCUCCUCAAGCAUCUGUGAAGUGCAGAAUCAAUUGAUAGAGGAGGUUCACAAACUGAAUUUUGUAAAAGAAAACAGUAGUGUAACCUUUAUUGAGAGAAAAUUGAGCUUGGAAAAAAAGAAACCUGUUCCUUCUCCGCUGGAGUCCCCACACCAAACAGAGGAUGACAGGGCCAAGCUGUUGUCCACGUACAGCACCGAGUCGCUGUACCAGGCUAAGCGCAAGUGCAACGCCGCGCAGGAAUUCGACAUUGACUUGCAUGAAGGAGAGCUGGUGGCUGUUGUGGAACAAAAGGACCCCUUUGGAAGCACAAGCAGAUGGCUUGUUGACACAGGAAUCCUCACAGGGUAUGUGUACUCCUCCUUCCUGAGGCCUUACAAUCCAGCCAAAGCGCAGAAGGCUGUAGCAGAAAAUGGCUUUGGUGAUGAUGAUUUUGAUGACAUCAGCCUCUUUGUCUCUUCACGGCCCCCUACUGACAGCAGCACCAAAAGUCCAGGGUACAAGAACAGUGACAGCAGCUCACCUUUUCCUUUCUGUGAAAAUCCUGCAAUUAAUUGCACGGGGACUGGUGCUCUUCAGGGUAUGGAUGAUCAGCAUAUCUUCUAUGCUGUUUAUGCAUUUCAAGCUAGAAGUGAUCAAGAACUCAGCCUUCAGGAGUACCAGAGGGUGAGGAUACUUCGCUUUUCCGACCUGAGUGGCAAUAAGGAAUGGUGGCUAGCUGAAGCAAAAGGUCAGAAGGGAUAUGUACCAUCUAAUUAUCUAGGGAAGAUGACAUAUGCUUAGGAGGGGAAGGGCCUGUUGAGCCAGAUUCUCUGAAGCAGACGGAAUAAUCAUCUGUUAGGUUUGCUUGCAAGCAAAGCAAGUCACAAGUGAUGACAGAAGCAAUGGUAUCCAGCACUCAAAUGAUACUGAGAACCUCCAUUCUCCAAAAGCGAUCACCUUGUCAAGACCUGAGGGAGGAAACAUUUAACAGGAAGACUGAUUCUGAUUAACAUGCUGAAGAGCUUGCUUU